CGACUGCAGCUCAUCACAGACAGACCGCCUGAAGCUGACCGAGAGACCUGCGGACUCCAACACAAACACAGACACACACACACUUAGAAAGAGAGAAAAAAACAUUUAUUGCUGCAAAUCGAGAGUUUUCCCUCCCUUUUCCUGAGUUUCCCAGCUGUGGAUUUCUGCUGGGUGAAGUUAAAAGUCUCGGAACAGUUUUUUUUCCAGGCUGUAGCUCUGCUCUACUUUAUUCCCGCACGGAUUUAAGCGCUAAGACGCUUUAAUAAACUCUGGAUGAGUGAUUGUUUGAGGACUAACUAACCUCGACAUCUAGUUCGGCUUUGAAAACCUAUCAAACAUGGAUUAUUUGUUGUUUUGACCUGGAAUUAGGAGUCUUUGAGCUGCAGGACCAUGUAGCCCAGAGGUAUGUCUGCUCUGCUUUUUUACUUUAAUGACUUUUUUCUCACACUUUGACCAUGUGGGGAUAAAACAACCUCUCCUCUUCUGGUUAACCUUGAUAUUUUGCAAUCACGCUGUGUUUGGGUAUUUGUAAAGGAGACAGAGAUGGAAAUUGUUGGGAUGUGGUUCACGAAGCGAAAGAAACGAGCCACCUCGAAUCAAAACAGCCUGCUUGCCUCCAUUCAGCUUUUUUUUCUGCUGAAACAACUUUUCCAAACCAGAUACUAUAAUAAUUUUCAUGGCUUUAGCUGUUAAAGGCGGUUUUUACUCCAACAAGUUGCCCGACAUUUUUGUGCCAGUUUUGGGUUUUACUACCUUGACUACUAAACAUAAAUCCAGCACUAUUAAUGGCCAUAUAUUUAUGCUUUGCUGGAAUAAACGGGCCUUUGUAUGAAAGAUAUGAAUAACUUGGAUACUAAAAGGAGGAAAUAAAAGAAACAUCACUUAACAUCUACAAACAGAGAGUGUGGAGAUGUUUAUGCAGUUUGGAGCUCAUUUUUGGUCAAGUAGUUUACAAUCUCUGUUCCAUUUGAGUUGGGACACUGUGUAAAAUGUGGAUUAAAAUACAAUUUGAUGGUUUUCAAAUCACUAUAAUCUCAAAAGACAACAAACCAAAUAUUGAAACUGUAAGAAUAUUGUUUUACUAAAAAUAUAAGCAGUUUUAAAAGACAAUACCAGCAACAUGUUCCCAAAAAUUUGGAACAUGGACAACAAAACAAGUUGCAAAAUAAAAAUAAAACAGCUGGAGGAACAUCUCCCAACUAAUGAGGUUAAAAGUUAGUCACGUAAUAAAAUGGGAAUUUCAGAGAGGCAAAGUCUCUCAAAAGUGAAGAUGGGAAAAAGGUUUAUCAAUCUGUGAGAGACUGUGUGAGUAUAGUGAACAGGUUAAGCUCUAUGUGUACAUUUUCACAGAGUAUGUGGGUUUUUAUCAUCUAUACUUUAUAAUAUUGAUGAAAAGUUUAGAAAAAAAAACAGGAGAAAUCUUCAUGACAUGAUCUAUAGGCCCCCAGGUAGCACUGCAUUAAAAACUGCCAUGACUCUGUAGUGGAAAUCACUGCACUGACUCAAAAUCACUUCCACAAACCUUGAUUGAAAACAAUCUAGUGCUGCAUUCACAAACCAUGCAAAGAGAAGGCCAUUUAUAAACAUAAUCCAGACACAUUGGAGACUUUUCCAAACUUUGUCAAUUUAAGAUGGAUUGAGGUGAAGUGGAAAACUGUACUGUGGUCUACCCAAUCAAAAAACGGCAUUUAUUCUGGAAAGCUUGUUAUCAGCACACUGUUUAAAAGCCAGCACCCCGGUGAUAUGAGGGUGCAUGUCUGCCUGGUGCAUGGGUAGCUUUCAGACCUAAAAAGGGUCCAUUAAUGUUGGACAAAUAUACUGAUUUUUGAGCACAUAUGCUGCCACUCAGACAAUGACUUCUCCAGGGAAGACAUAUUUUCAGUCAAGACAAUACCAAAUCCCAUAAUGCCAGUAGAAGAUUCCGGUGCUAAACUGGGCAACUUCAGUCCUCAAUUAUCAUCCGGUGGAAACAUUUGGAGCAUUAUGAUACAAAUGUACGACAAACACGACACGUAAAGGGAUAUUCCGGCGUAAAAUUAAUUUAGGGUCAUACACACCGUAACACUGAGUUAGACACCCCCUCGAGAGAUGAAUGUUGCAGACCGCUUGCUUCUCUAGUUAUACCAACUUCAGUAACAACCACAUGAUAGCAAUACACAGCGAUCUGAGAAGCCAUUAACAAACAUCAACCAAAACGCCACUCUAUAGCCACAAAUAAUGCUCAGAACAGCACCUAAUUUCAUCAACAGUACAUAUAGGAUCCCAGCCACAGCACUAGCCACCAAACAUCUAUUUAACUUUGCCUAAUUUCUUUAGCAAAGAGACUGAACACAACUCACCUACUCUCUUCCAGCAGCCGGUUGUUUGUAGCGAGACCUCGACCAGUCCACUACGGACUGCAGUGGGGUGACGCAGCUCAAGGAAGAACAUUUAUGAUGUUUGCUCACAGAUUUAUGCGGUCGUUAGUAAAGUUGGUAUAACUAGAGAAGCAAGCAGUCGGCAACAUUCAUUUCUCGAGGGGGUGUCUAAAUUAAUUUUACGCUGGAGUAUCCCUGUAAUGGUCAGGCAGUUGAAAUUCUUUAUCAGACAAGAAUGGGAUAGUGCAUCUCUUUCCAAACUCCAGAAACUUGUUUUUUGAGUUCACAAACAUUUACAGAGUGUUGUUAAAAGAAGAAGUGCAAAAAAAAGGUAAACAUACCCAACCUUUCUAACAUGCUGCUGGCACGAAUCUAAAAUGAGCAUUGACUUUAAUAAAACAAUCAACUAUUUCAAUUCAAACUGUGAUAUAUUGUCUUGACACUAUUUUCAGUUGUAUAUAGGCUUUAAAUGAUGUACACAAUAUUACAUUCAUUUUUUGUCAACACUUAACCCAAAGCCACAACCCCUAAGGAACUGGGUUGUCAAUGAAACUCACUCUUAAAAGUAGGAACACCAGAUUCACACUUGUCUGACAGUCAUUGUUUUCUUACUUCAAUGACUAUAAUGAAUUCCCUGCUUCAGAAAUCUUUGCCCUGCUCUCUUUUCAGUCACUGUGUCUCUCACAUGCUCUUUUGGCUGCAGCUUCAACAUGACUUCACUUUGAAAUAAUGUGAUAGCUUUUACAUGUAGAGGCUGCAGCCUUCCAACAGACAGGCGUGAUAUUUAGUUUAACGGAGGGUCUGCGUGCUCAAAACACUGAGCGUAUAAUCUCUAAAGCUUGUACUGAGCACAUUAAAAAGUCAACAUAAGAGUAUUUUAGCUCUGUCAGAUAGUUACUGAUGCUGAAAGUGAAAUAAACAGAACAAUUAAAUGCUCCCUAGAUACUGCAGAUUAGAGGGAACUGUUGUAAAUGUUAAAAGUUCAGGUUCAGGUCAAGUGCAGUUCAAAAUACCAAUGCAUCAAUCUUUUCUUUCCUUUUCCUUUUGUUUUUUAAAGGUAAUAUAAUGGGUUGCAGUUUUUUAUUCUGCAGUUGAAAAAAACUCAAAGAAAGUUUCCUCCAUACUGCAUGAGGUCACCCUUAAUUUAUAGACCCUCUCAAGCACGACAUUUUUGCUCUCUUGCCCAGGGGUGCCUCCAGAGGGGUUAACAGUGGUGGCAUUGGCCCCUCCUUGUAAUCUGAUUGGUUCAAAAUCCUGACCAUAACCUGCCAGCUAAAAAAAAAACACGUAGUUUGAAGUUUAUAUAAAACAUGUUUUAUUCAAUCAUUAACUAAUAAUCUAAUGAAUGAAGAAACAGAGACAUUUCAAGCUUGCUAAAUAAUGAAAAUGCUUUAUUUCCUGUUAAGCUUUGAUGUAAGAUACUUUCUAAUGUCUGCAGAUGAACAUUUUCCCUCACCUCUCAGGAAUAAAAGAGUCUGCUCUUUAUGAGCUUUCAGGCUUUUGGUCUACCCCAGGCUGAGCGAGCGUGCGUGCGUGUGUGUGUGUGCAUGCAGAGGUUGGGAGCAGAGUGGAUUUUCAUACAUCUGCUUCAUGUUGGUUUCUGCAGGUUUUUUCAGCUGUCAAGAUCAGUGAGCCUUGGGGUUAAAGGAAAAGUUCACAUUUUUUCAAGUAUCUGAAAAUACUUGUCAGGUGAACUAUAUGACAUGGAAACAGUUUUUUUUCACUGUAUGGAUUGUAAAUUUACAACUUUAUUCUACUGAAUUAAUGAGUUUUUAUUUGCUGAGUUUACAAGUGAACAACUUAGUGACGCUUGUAAAUUUAUGACUGCAACCUCCUUUAUUUUUAAAACUAUUCAAAGCAUUCUCAGUGUUCUUUAAAUUGUGAUUAUGAACUUUUUAGCCAAAAUCACAUUACCUGUGUCAUUUCUAAGAGCUUUUCUUCUACAGAGCUCAGGUAGCUCAUUAGUAAGUCGUGUUUGAGUUGUCGGUGGAGACAGCGCUGCUCUGCACCCUCCUCUUCACGCUAGCCAGCAACCUAACAUUGUGGGUGCAGCAGAAAUGGCAGGUAACAUAGGAGCUAUUCAGCUGUUGAACACUCAAGUCUUUAGGAGCAUGAUGAAAUUAGCUAAUAUCAUAAUUGGCUAUUGGCCUAUUGGUGAUAUAUUGGAAAUGCUGGCUCAAAAAUCUCUCUGUAUAAUGGGUGCCAUGAGAGCCCUGAGCUAAUUAGGCCAAAAAUGUUUUUGAACCAAGUCGUAAGCAUGCUUUGUGUAAAUGGUGCUUCUACAGCCAGCCUCAAGCAGGCACUUGGAGAACAGCAGUUUUUAGCACUUUGGCAUCAGCCUCAUUUCUCAUGACCAGGACAAAACAACCUCGUAUAUUUACAGCUUCCAUCCAGUACAUUUAAGUCCAGUGAUUGUGGAAGUGAACUAUUGUCUUUUUACAAAAUUAAUACCACAAAUUUACAAGAUUGAUCUCAUGAACUCACUCACAAUAUCACAAUUUACUUCUGUGAAUAAAAGGGAUAUUCCGGCGUAAAAUUAAUUUAGGGUCAAACACACCAUAACACUGAGUUAGACACCCCUUCUAGAGAUGAAUUUUGCUGACCACUUGCUUCUCUAGUUAAACCAAUUUUGGUGACGACUGCAGGAUAGCAAUACAUAAACAAACCUCAACCAAAACGCCACUCUAUAGCCAAAAAUAAUGCUCAGGAAAGGACCUAACUUCAUCAACAGUGCAUAUAGGGUCCUAGCCACAGCACUAGCCACCAAACAUCUAUUUAACUUUGCCUAAUUUCUUUCGCCAAGAGUCUAAACACAACCCACCUACUCUCAUCCAGCAGCCGUUUGUUUGUAGCAAGACCUCGGGCCAGUCCAUUACGGACUACAGCGGGGUGAUGCAGCUCAAGGAAGAACAUUUAUGAUCGUUUCUUCAUGGAAAUGAAAUCAGACUGAGACAUUAAGGCAGAAGAACUACUGCGUCUGCAGUACAAAAUGAUUAAAAUGGUGACUAUUACUUCAAGGAAGUGAUAAAGUAAUGAUGUCUAACUCUGUGUUACAGUGUGUUUGACCCUAAAUUAAUUUUACGCCGGAAUAUCCCUUUAAUAACUUGUAAAUUAAUGAUUUCCUUCUUGUAAAUUUAUAACUUAUUAAAAAAAACGAAUCAAAUUAGUUUGUCCUUGUAAACUAACGACUUUUAUUUAGAUUAAUCUCAUAUUUCUAAGAGAUAAGCAGACAAAUUUACAACUAUCCUGUGAUAAUAAAAUAAUUUCUCCUCCAAAAGUUUUAAAACUGUAAAGUGUCCUGAAUUUGGAUUAAUGUAAACUACUGAAGCAUCAUGUUGGUCAAAACUGAACAUCUUCCUGCUCAGAAUGAGGACUGUGGAAUUUUACAGCGUUAGUGUUGUAAACACUGAAGUCCCUUAGAAGGACGUUUCUGACCAACAUGAAGAGGAGGAAUGAUUACAGCAAACACAGCCUGUGUACGUUUAUAUGUUGGUAUGUGAGGGUUGUGUUUUCAGACAUGCUUCGAAAGACGUGAUUCUCCUUAAAACCUGAGGCUGUGCAGAGAGAGCAGCAGACAGACACAGUGAAGGACACUGAUCACUUCUGUCUGUCAGAAAGCAAGUUUCUACAAGCAUGUGUCUCUUUAAGAGGAGUCAUGUCUGAGCAGAUUACAUCUCACAUAAACAUCACCCACACCUGCUGUAAACCUAUUCCUAGAGUUACUUUUGUGCAAUCAUAACAGGUCAUUUUGAGUAUCCUGCUGCCUUUUUAGAGCAAAAUAUCUUCCACAGAGGUGCAAGUCUGACAGGGAGCAGGACAGUUUUCUGGUGAAGUGUGGAAAGAAACUUUAAGUUGAAAACACUUAACUUUGCAUUUUUAGAAUAAGGUCGAAGAGUUUUGACUUUGUUUUGUCAUCUUUAUUUUGUCAUUUCUUUUAACCAACACAAUUGGAAGUUUGGUUUUGUUCUUAAAAUAUGAAAAAAAGAUCCACAAAGUCUUCAUGAUUGUCUGUAGGGCAGUAUAAUAAUGUUUCCCUCACGCAUCGUCUGGUAAUCAUUUCAAACCUCUCAAAAAUGGCUUCCAUCAUUAUGUUGGACCCCCAGACUACACCUGAGCAGAUUCUGUAUCUACUGCUCCCUCAUUACGCUGUGUUUCCACAUGUUGGCCCCCAGAGAUCUUGUUUCUUCCUGAAUGCAAACACACACAGCUUCACCCUGCAGGCCCGAUAAGUUUACUGAAAACAAGGUGGCUUAAGGCAGAAUUGUUUCAACUUGAACUUGAUUUAACAUGUUGCAACCUUCGAGCUGCGUGAUUCCAGAUGAUGAACCCUCAGGUGCAAAACAAGAGGAAGAUAAUGCAAACAGCUGGACAGGAUGGGUGUGGAACAGUUCUGUUUUGCAGGGCUAUAUAAAGGUGAAAGAUUGGAAUCGCCAAUGAAAAAAAAAAGGAUUACAUAACCAAUAUUUUAGUUUUCAGCUGCAUUAGCAAACUGGGACUCAAAAGGACUCUUUAGUUGUUAUUAUUCAUGGGUUUUUAUUAAGGAUGUCUUAUUCCUUUCAAAGUAAACACACCUGACAAUUAAGGGCCUGUGUCCACUAAAAACUUUCUGCAUUUUGUCUUUUCCAGUUCAACAUUUUCAUAUUAGUGUCAGUUAUUUCCAGAGUGCUCACAGUCGAAAGUAGUCAAAACAAGACAGGGUGGGGCUUCCAAUUAACUUUGUCAACAUCGAUGUCUAGUAGAUGAUGGUGGUGAUGGUUUAUCUGAAAUUGAAUGAAUUGCUUCUCUUCAAAUUGAUUUAUAACUGCAGUGCAUUGAGUCUGAAACAACUCUUGAGAUGGGCUCAGUAAGAAAACCAGAAAUAGUGUCAGUGUCAGUCUGUCUGACUCUCAGGUGUUCAGACUUGUUUGUUUAAGGGUAUCAUUUCCAGGUGAUGAUUCCUUCACAUUAAUUUUGUGAUUUUCUCCUCAUCAAUCAGUCAGCAUAGCAGUAUGGAUGUGAACCAAGCCCUGGAAUUGAGAAUUUGCAGGUGUUGUGCGUUUUUGUGAGGGCUUUUGUGAAGUUUAGCAGAUAUGCAUGUGCAGUAUGGCAAAGCUGAGUGGCUAACAGUUGCAGAUAACUUCUGCACUCUGGAGUUGGAGAACUGAGACUCUAUUACAGCAGACAAGGCCAUCAUACUCUUACGGUGAGAUGGCGGUGAGAAACGAGUGAGACCAUGAGCUAAGCUAAAUGCUAACUCCCACAUACUGACCACCUCAAGUCUCUUUGUCACCAACUCCUGGUUCCUUAUCAACAAAAUGUCCUCAAGUAGAAUAGAUGGGAAGCAGGAGUUCUACUGUACAGCUUUUGUAUAACCUGUCAACAAGAAGCUGUUAGGAGACACAGGCCCUUUAAAGCUGUAAGUGGACACAGGCCCUUAAAGCUGUUUAUGGAUAAAUGCCCUUCAACCUUCAACACAUAGACUAAUGGACUUUCAUUUUGCCACACUGGGGGGGUUUGCUAGCCGAGCUGCUGCUAACUUUGACUCAUAAUCUGACUGAAAUCUUUUGCUAUGACAUUUUUAAACUAUUUUCAAACAUUUUCAACUAUAGUAGGCUUGAAGAACUUAACUUCAGACUGAAGGCAGUGCCUCUUGCCUCGCAGGUAAAACAUGAAACUCGUGGGCUGAUACAAGAGCUUGAUAUGGAACUGAUUAGAAAAAGAGAGGUGGCAGAUGAGGCUUUCAGAACGACCAAAUCUGUUUAAACUGAUGUAACUCUGGGUUGGGUACAUCUUUGAGUGGUUUUUCCAGACCCGCUAAGUUUGGUUGCGCUGCAUCGCUAGCUGGUUUCAGUCAGUAAAUACGGACUUUUAUCAUCUAUAAGACGUUCACUGCAGAAUCACUGGUGCCUGAGUGACACUGAUGUUUAUCAUUUUGUCAUCAACACAGUGAAGAGAAUAUUCCCUGUGGUUAUAGACUGAAUCUGCUCCGUGUGCACAGCGCUCACAUAAACUGCUGACAGAAGGUCAGCGUGCCCUGAAACAAUAAAUAUCUCUAAUCCCCGGCAGGUUCCAGAGACCCCGACCACUCACAGCCCUGAACCAGUUCACCCCUAAAUAAACCAUGUCCUAUUUUAACCUGUUUCCUGAUGGAGUGGUUUCUAAAAGCUUAUAAACAAAGUAAAGGGCACAUGAAUAACUUAAGAUUGAUUCCAUGUUAAUUCAGCCUGUACAUGGUAGACUUGUCUGAGCUGCAGCACUGAGUCUGUGCUGUUUUUAUAAUCACCUGAUGUUAACUGAAUUAAGCUUCAACAUAACAGCUUUUGAUGCAUUUUAAACUGUUUUUCUCACAUCAAAAUAUUAAAUUUACUGUAUCAAUUAAAAGUGAUACAACCCAGAUUAUAUAAGAGUCUGGACACAGCCAAAAAUAUGUGAUUUGGUGAUCAUUUACUGACCAUAUUCAAUUGGAAACAAUGCAAAGAACAAAUAUUGAAUGUUGGAAGUGAAAAGUUUCUUGUUUAAUGAAGAAUAUAAUGUUUAUUUAAAAUUUCCUGUCAGCAAUACAUUUUAAAAAAGGUACUUUUUGUGUCAUUAUGCUCUUGUUUUUAGUACAUGACAAUACAGGCAAGCUAGCUUUCAACAUGGACUCUUCUACUACUAAUCCAUGCUAUUGAAAUGAAAGCAGAGUGGUUGGCAUUGUGUUUCUGUAUAUAUUGUUCAAUAUUGAAGAGGGGGUAUCAUGCUUUUUCACAUUUACAACAAAUACUGCGAAGUUACACAUUUUUGUGUCCGCUCUACAUCUACGAAAAAUAUAAAAUCAAAACUGCUCAAAUCUUGGACAAACCUGUGAAAAUGUGAGACCAUAGUUUAUGUGCAAGACUCACUAAAAUUCUUACAUAAGAGUUAUAAACUCUCCUUACUGGUUCAUCUGUGCUUCUGGCAAAGCGGAACGACCUGCCUCCAACAGCGUGUGAGGUGACACGCACAGUGGAGAGGGGUAACCAAGGUUUCUGUUGUAUUUAUCGGGGAACCUCUCAAUUUUCCCAUUUCAGUGUAUUCAUGGAACAUAUUGAGAUGACAGUGGUGCUGGUCUGUAUCAAAUCUACUUCAGGCAAAUGCAGAGCGAUAAAUGAGCAGGAUGUUCUUUCAUGCCGCUGAUAAUAAGUGCAGCAUCAAAUGUCUUCAGGUUUUGUUUCAGUUCAAAUCCAUCACAUGUGGAUCAUUACCCUGAGGUGUUUCCUGAACAGGUCUGGUUUAUUUUGAUUGCAGUCUCUGCUCAGAUGGAUUAAAGCAUCAUGUGACUUUGUAGGUUUUUGUACCCCGCCACUGAGUUUUGGAUCGGAGCCACAGCAAUGAUUAUGUGCCUGCUGGGGUAAAAUUUAAGUGUUGCAUAACAAAUGGUUCUUUGUUGGGAAAUUGUGUCGGCGUUGGUGAUUUCACAUAACCAUGAUAGAAAGGUCAGACUGAGGACGACCAAAUCUUUCAUUCACACACUUCUUUUCUCUACAUUUCCUCUUUCCUUUUUUUUCAAAGGAGCUGUGUGAAUAAAGUUUGAUUGAUCUUUGAAUCAAGAUGGCAUUUCUGUUCCAGGUUCGAAGUAUGUCAAAAAAAAAAUCAAAAAAGUAAAAAUAGAAAAUAUGAAUAAGUAAAAAAAAAAUAAUAAUAAUCAUGGCAUUCAGAGUGAACAUAAUUUACUGAAACUUCAAGUUUCCCUUCAUUUAGACUUUUUCAAAUUUUUGCUUCAGUUUGCUUCAGUCAUAUAUUUCUUAUUUUGUUUCAAAUUCAACAUGCAUAUCAAGUGAUCAUGGUUUAAAGCUCCUGUGAAAAAUUUUUAUAUAUUUGAAAAAUAGUCUGAAACUCAUAUUGAUGCUUUUUCACGAGGUACGAAUUCGAAUAGGACCAUCCAUGACAAAAUUUACCAUUUCCGCUAAGCAGCAGAAGAAACAGUUCUGUAUUAAGACCCUGAUAAGAUAUUCAUAAUAAAUGAUGGCUUGUAUUGUCAGAAGUCAAAAGGAUGAGACUAUAAAGACUUAAGCAUGUAGAGGACAAGACAGACAAAGCCUACUUUAUCCACAGGGGGUGCUGUUCGAGACAGAUAUGUAACAAGAAGCUGAAAUGUAAUAAAAAAUGUAAUUAAACCUAAAAUGUAAUUAUUGACCCAAAAUAUAACAAGUUCUCACAUUUUGUGCAAAAAUUUGUUACAUUUUGGGCUCAGAAUCUCAUGAAAGUUUUGGUUUUAUUACAUUUUUUUAUUACAUUCUGGGUUGUUGUUACAUUUCAGAUCGUUGUUACAUAUCGGGCUCUAACAAAUUGACAUAAACUGAAACUUCCUCUCAGGAGCUUCAAUGACUUGAGGGGUGUAGACGUACUGCUUGUGGAACAGUUACUUUGAGGGAAGUAGAAUUAAGUAUUUAUUAUAAUUUUUUUAAAUGUUUGCCUGUCAAUUUUCUUCUGCUUUCGGUUUGCACACAAAUUUGCUCUGCCCCCAUUCCAUGAAUAAGACCCUUUGUGUGUUGUCUAAUGGACAAGUGGAUGAAAGAGUUCCUGAAUCUGUUUUCAGACUGUCACUGAAAAGGCACCCUGGGGUGUUGUCCAGAGGGUGGUGGGCAUUGUACAGGACGAUCAGCAGUGGCAACAAGCAGCAUUUAAAUGUAUGUUAAUAUUUAUUGAAAAACACUCUACUAUUUGUAGCUAAGGAAUGGCUAACUCUACAUUUCCUUUUACAUUUUUACAUGUAUUAUGUCUGAUGGCUUUAAAAGGAUUUUAAACAUAUUUUGGAGUGGGUGUGAUCAGCUGAUUAAAGUGUCCUGUUUGUAACAUUAGUAACGUUUUCUGUUGUACUUUGUAUGAAUGCACCAUUGUUUUUUGGUUUAACAUGAUGAUCUGCCAAUAUUGGCUCUAUCCAUGAGCAUUGGUCAUUGGCAAAUAAUGUGCUGUGAACCAACGUCAGUAGCUAAUCUGUUUUGUUUCAUUAAUUUCAUUCUUGUGUGCUGGUAUGACUCACUACUGAUUCAAAAGAUAGUUGUUUUUUUUCACUGGCCUGAAGUAGUCAUCUGUUAAACUCUUGAUUAAACUGUUGUUUUAUCAUCACCAUCAGUUUUGGUCCUGUCUUAAAAAAAAUCAGUUCAUUUCCGAUUGUCUGCCUCUCCUGUUUUUUUUUUUUUGUCGUUUCCUCCUGUAUUUUGUUGUUUCCGCCUGUUAUCCUGUUGGUCUCCUCUGUAAUUUCCUCCUGUAUUCUCCAACAAUGUGACAUUUUGGAUGUACUGAAAUGGGGCUUUUUCUAAUCUUCAGCCAUAUGGCACCCAGGAGAAGAGCAUGUUGGAGGGGGAGGGGGUUCAGACAUGUAGGUCAGCCUAAACACGAACAAAGAGUGGCAAAAUAAUCCGUGUUGUCAAACGGAAGGUAAAGAAAUGUCUUUAUCCGAUAUAAAGCGUCUUAAGAAUGUACAAAGCAUCCAAAAACAUGGCCAGCCUUUUAGUCAUGGAUUUGUGUUUAAUGUUGUCCCACAAAGCUAAACACAUACCUCCACACAGCACUUGUCUUGUUCCAGUAUUGGAGAAAUGUCCGAUCCAGGAAUAUAAACUUUAAGCUAAUCUCCUCUGUAAACUGUGCCAGGGAUGUAGCAACAGUGUCCAUAAAAUCAAGUGUCAUUUUAGGACUUAAACUCUGGCAUUAACAUGGCUGGAUUUACCUUUAAAAGAUUGAUGAUGGGGACAUAGAUGUAUGAAAUGAAUCUUAGCCAGAGCUCUGCGUUUUCCCCAUGAAUGUUUAUGCUCAAAGGUGGUGUAGCUUCAUGUAUGAGGAGACAUUUUUAAUGGAGUGUCACUUGGUUCCCGAAUGAAUUCAUGUCUAAAAAGACGACUAGGUUUUAUAUAGUCUCUGCCAUUUAACUUCAUGUUAUCUUUGAAAAAUAAAUAUAAUUGUUAUCAAAAUGUCAGGCACUAACCUUUACUGCAGGGCUGAGCAGGCUUGUAUUUGAGGCAGGGUUGUAAAGAAGACAGGCCAUUAUUUCUUGUUUAAUCAAGGUUGAUAUUUAGUCAUUUUUUGGUGUUGGGUGUACUCUUUUUUGAUCCACACAAGUUGAUACCGACAGCACAGGCUUGCAAGAGGGACUGGAGGCUGGUGGUGCUAGCUCUGCUAAUGCUAGCCUCACAGCAAAACAGUCCAACAUAGUUCAUCUGCAGACUCUAUGAUUCCGUGUUUGGCUCAGUUGAAAUAAAUUGUGCUUGAUUUUGACAGGUUUCUUAAGACUAGUCGUCUUCUUUGGGUAUAAAGUAACAUUUAGAUGACAAGGAUAUUUGUUGCUUCACAACCCCCCUUGGUUACACUUUGCAUGGCCUACAUUUGUGAACAACUUUAAUCAUAUUUGUCCCAAAUAAUAAGGUCCAACUUAUCCAAAAUGUCAAGUAUAGCAUGUAAUUUGGUGCCUCCUCUGCUGUUGAGUGCUGGGAUCACACUGUUCAAGGUUGGCACUCUUAGAAGAUCUGACUUGGUUUGUGGAAUAUCUCGUUAGUUAGAUUUUUCAUAGCUUACAAAUACAAGAUAGAGUCUGCUUCUUACAAGUUUGAGGAUAAAAUCCACCCAGACGGUAAGAUUUAAGUGAUUUAGUUUUUUGAGAUACAUUAGAACAGAGUCUCACAUGGAUGAUUUGUGUGUACGAUAGUGCAGGAGUUCAGUUGUAAACCAGUAUCAUUGCACUGCUGUGGGUCUGUAAUUCGGUUUCAGGCAGUGAUCCAGAGAUUAUGCGCAGAGGGGGAAGGACUCCAUUUAGAGGAUUUAGGUCGUUACUGGAAAUGUCACGUUAAUACUGUUGUUAUUUAACUGAUGUGUGUCAACAGUUCUCUUUCUGUCUCUCUGAAGAUUACAUGUAAAAGCCUCUAUGACAGGGACUGUUUACAUAGAGCAGAAGUGAUGAAGUUAUCUAAGACACUUUCAUUCACACUUGUUCUUAAAAAACGUGUCUGUAUUUGCUCUGUCUGUCUUGUUUUUCUGGCUCUCUGUGAAUCGUGUCUUCCCUUGUUGCUGUGCACACUGAGAUUAACCUUUCUGCAUUUCAUUCAGAAGAAUAACAGACCUGCUACCUAAAACCACCCCUAAUCUAACUCGCACAAAGAUGACUCACUUGAAUGGGCUAUUAGAGGGAUUAACAUUUGGCUCAUCCUCACAGGCACUUACUCAUGCUGCUCCUUCAUUGCAUUACAUGCACACCAGUCAGCUGACUGUAAGAAGAGAUGUCCUGAUAAAACUCCAGACACUGGUUGAGGCCAAACAGAGCAUUAUUUCAGUUUUUAAAGUGGGCCAAUUAAGCUGCACUGAUCUCAAUCUUUUGUUUUACUGAACCUUAAAACAGAGGUUUUAUUCACAAAGCUUUCAUUCAGGGCAGCCCAGUUAAAACUCAACCUAAUCCGGUUCAUUGAGGUAACGGAGCCAAAGGCUGCACCGCUAAAGCUAAUGCUGGAGGAGACAAUACAAGAAAGGGGAAAGGAAAUCUAUAGGUGAGAAAUGAUGCACUACUUUUCUUUUUGUAUACAAAUUUUUUGCGACUGGAAAAAUUUGCAAUGAAGUCAAUGGGACAAGCCAAAAACAAGAGUUUAUGAGUUAUGUACUUUAUGGUGAGAUUGUUCAGAUUAACAAACAAAACACAUUCAUUGGUUCAUUCAUUCAUCCAUUUAUCAAUACAAGGACUUUUUCUUUGAUUCACACGUGUUCGUCCACCCAUCCAAAUGUACUUUUACAGUUCAAUGAUCGGUCAUUGGCAAUCCAUACAUGCAUCUAUGCAUCAAUUACUAAUCCACCCAUUAAUCCAUCCUCCAAUCUAUUAUCUUAAUCAUCAUCCGUCCAUCCAUACUCCACUCAUCAUCGCUAAAGCUAUCAACGCGAACAUUCAGUGUGUAAGUUCGUGAUGGUUUCCUUAUACAGUGUUGGUGAAUGGUUACAUGUGGAUACUGUAGGGUUUAUUUAAGGUGUCUGUCUUGAUUUUAUUGUUGUUGAGUUAAACUCAGUUUGUGUCGUCCCAUAGGUUCUUUAAAUUAAGUAAAGAGCAAAGUUGAUGUAUUGCCUGUGGUGAUGCACAGAGUUGGAUUGUCAGCUGAUUUUUCUGAACACACCCAAAUCAUGAGUGACAUUCCCACGUUAGAAACAGUACAGAGGUGUUGCAUUGUUUGAGUAACUGUAUGGGAGUAGUCUCCCAGUCAGUCUCCUGAACCAUCUGAUUAUCUAUUUUUGUCUAUUUAAUAAAGUAGAAGCUUUGUGUUUGAGUAAACUUCUGGCUCUCCUCGGCUCCUCUAGUUUUGGCGAAUGAGGAAAGUUGGACAACAUUAUGAACAACGAACCCAGCAAAGAUCAGCUGCUGUUGUAUUACAAGUGUUUCAGUUAUUUACCUUUAGAUGACAUGAGGCACGUUAAAAAUUUCAGUCUCAAACACUUUUCUUUAGAGAUCAAGAAUAUUUACUUUAUGUCUUUCCUUACUUGACCUUCUUUUACUUACAUGACUUACAUUUUUACCAACUGUACUUCUUAACAAACUUAUUUAAUAACUUUAAUUGCUCCUGGAAAAAUAUGCCUUUUGAUAUAUAACAAAAAGUUGUCCAUCUCUGGAAAAAUAUGUUUAACAAAAGCACAUUACAGUAUAUAUAUUUGGCAAUUACUCCCACCAUCUUGGUUUUGAAUGUUUUUUGUGGCCCAGUUUGAGACAAUUCUCAGGCCCAGUACCAAUCUGAGGCCCCUGGAGACCCCUGUUUUAGCUGACAUCAGUGAAACAAGCUGCUUUGGUUGCAAUAUAAUCCUUGAUUGAUCAGUGUGUUUACUAAAAGUUAUAUUUAGGCACUGACAGGCUGAGAUGGUCACUUUCAGUAUCUGAAAACAAUUAGUUUAAAAGGGAGAUGGUUCUCAAACCAGAACCAGUGGCCUCCAUUGACCAAUCCCCUAAUUUUACUUCAUUGGAAACAGGAGUUGGUGGUGUACAGCUUCCCUAAUCAUAUAGUUCAUUUGUGUUUGUUCUGUGUUACACAAGUUGUGUUUAAUCCAAACCAAACAUUAGAAACACAAAAGUCACAGAGGACUUUAAAAUACAGGAAAUCCCCUUUAAGUAGCUGAACCACAUCAUCCCCCGUCAGCAUCUCACAGGGAAAUUACAAACUGUGAAAGGUAAACUGAACAUCAUGUGUAGAUUGGUGGGGUUGCCCUUCAGGAAAAGUUCAGGGAGGCUCUGAUUUAUCGACCACUUCCUCGCUUUAACCAUCCAUUAUGGGGCUGUCAUUGUCUCGAUGUGACGUUUUAAGAUCUUCAUCCCCCUGACACUCUUCUUCACCUCCUCCUCCUCCUCCUCCUGAGGCAGCAGUGGUUCAGCUCUGAGAGGAGCAGGGAUGGCUGUGUUGGCUCAGGGUUUCAGAGUACAGGAAUAGUAGAGACGGAUGAACCACAGAGACCGAGAGUUUAUUUGAAGCCUGAGCUCUACAUAGUCAUUAGAGUGUGGUCUGAUGGAGGCCUGCUUUUAGUCUAUAUCUGCACACAUGUGGCUGCUCUCCGCUCUCUGUCUGUAGUUAAGAUGGAGCAAGAGGGUCAGCCCAGAUUCUUACUCUCUUCUCUGAGAAGGACUGCAGGUUUAGCAGGUUUUAGACCAUUAACAACCAACCUACCAUCACUGCCAGACCUUGAAAAGCAUGCAUUUAUAAACAGUUUGAGUGAAUCAGAUGUUUUGGUGUAGAUCGCCCAUAAAUCGUCCAUACAGAUGUUGUUUUGAACACAUUUCAGCCAUUUUUUACAAGUAUUGUGCAUCAGCAUAAACAAGCAAGCGUGUUCAGAAAUAUUCAGUCGGAGUUUUCUUUGGUGUUAAAUUUGUUGCUUCUAUCCUGACAAAAACAGACCCACUCUUAGCUGCUGGAGAUUUUCAAUUUUCAUAAAAUUGUUUAACUUAAUCAAAAUAAAAUCUACAAUAUUAGAGCCUUCCUUUUAUUCUCGUGCAUUUUUAUGUAUAGUUGGUUCAGCUGACACUAAUGCAAAUGAAAAGCCACUCUGCCAAAACUCUGCAAGACUAUUGUAUGUGAGAUCCUCUCUGUAGCAUCUUCUGUACCUGCAUUUUGGGAUGCCGUUUUCCUGAUAUGAGUGACAACCUCCAAUUCUGCUUAAAAUGCAAUAUUAUAAUUUUGGAGCUCUGAUAUGAACGAAGAAGUUGUUUCAAUAAAUUCCAGGUCAUUUUGCUUUCUCUCUCAUUUCAGUGUUUUUUGCAUUGGCAGUACCCACUAUCUCAAUUCAGAGCACUUCUCGGCAGUGGUUACAAAAGUUGUCCAGCGGCACUGUUUUAAAAACCUGUAUCGAACUAAUAUUUACUUUUGUUCAAAGAAAACCCCAAACUAGCUCUUAUCGUUGACAAAAGGCCUUAUCAAAAGUGUAGGUGCUGCUAGUGUAAGAAACUUCAUUGGUCAGCACAGCCCAUUCCCCUGUGUUCUCCAUGACUGGAAAUUGGUUGGAUGGUUUGUUUCCCAGGUUCCCAUGUUUUCCAGGUAUAUGUGUGGGAACUAGGUUUGGGGGAAAAAAUCCAUUCACAUGAGUAUCACUUAUGUUAAAAAUUUUAAAUCGAUGUUUUUGUUUAAAAAAAUAAAUUUUAUUUUUUCAAAUUUAAGAAUAACUCUUAAAAACUGACUUACAUGUGAUGUGUAUUUUUUGGGGAAAUAUGGUUCCUGGAAUAGUCAGUAGACAAUCAUAAUCGUUCAGCUCUUUCAUUGGUGUUAAAAAUGCAGACGAAAAAUCGAGAAACUCAACAAUAUCGUAGAAUUGCAAUUUCAAUCGAACCGGUAUCCAAAAAAUCAUAGAAGAAUUGAAUCGGGAGAAAAGCAUAUCGUCCAAGCCCUAAUUGGAACCUUGACAAAAUCAUGCACCUGGGCCAGUUCAAAUCAAAAACAAGAUCCCUUAAUGAUAACAAAAGUACACAAAUGUCCUGUAAUCACAUAUCUUUUCAUGACGUGACCUGUUAUUGUUCUCUCACCAGGUGAAGAUCCAGGGCUGAGGGCCUGCUCUAGUUCCUGUUCUUGCACCCAUCGUUGGAGCAUCAGAGCAGUCUGUUGGCCGGUUGGCAUUAGGGGAUCCCCAUCAAGCCCAGGAUGCCAGGAUGCCCAUUACUCAGGACAACGCCCUCAGCAUCCUCCCUUUGCUGGAGGACUGGCAUAAGACUCAAACCACAAGACCCCAGAAGGACCAAAACCAGAAUCAGGACAGUUCUGGAGACAAGGUACUGCAUCUUUACGACCUGUGUUUCUAUUUAGAUAUGGAAAUGACCGACCAUUAAGUGAAAAAUAUCUCUACAUCAAAAGUCUGGGUAAAGUUGGGUCAAAACAUUUGCCUCCUUGCAUUCACACGUGCUCAAAAUUCUUGAAAAUUUUGGAAAUUUCAAGAGUGGAGUGCAUGUUUAAAAACAGCUUUAGUGGCAGUGGUAAACCAAAACUCUGGUCAGAGGUUUUGUGAGUUGAUGUUCCUCUCUAAAAUCUUUUUUUCUUGGAGUAUGAAAAGUUCAUACAGGCCUAAAUCAUCGUGAUAGGAGCUGUUAUAAAAGGACUCACUCUUUUUCAGUGGUGUGUCUGGUUGAGAUGUUAUAUGAGAUGACUGAAGGAGGCAGAGGAUUGCAGGCUCAGUGCAGUCUAAACUGACAGUAAAAGUGGGACAGAGUAAUUCAUUGUUGUCGUUCAUGUCCUGCAGAGUAAGUGCUGCUGAAAGCUCGGUGACCUACUGACUACCAGCUCUCUCAGCCUGCAUCACGACAGUGAGUUAACCUCGUUAAUUCCACUCUGAUGGCUGGAUUAGAGAUCAUGGUGCAGUUUAUACCUCAGUGGAGCAGGGUUUUAUAAAGAUGGAUGAUCUGACAUGAUCGUGUUAUCACUAUUUGACUCCCUGACUCCACUCAGCCGAGCAGAGACGGCUCUCUAUAAAGCAUGUCAUAUUAGAGCUGACUGAAAUAUACAAAAGUGCUGCACAGUUUACUUUAGAGGUAAAACCCGACAACAAAAUCUGCAACAGAAAGAACAGAGAUUUUUUUUAACUUUUGAAACAAGUUAACUCCCAGGCAAUGAUCAGCUGUUAAUUUUAAAGGGUGUUUAUGGGACGAACACUUACAGUAUAAACCAUUGGAUAAGAAGUGAAGUCAGCUCUUUGGUUUAAAUCCAGAUUUGUCAAAUAGCUGUGAAGCCACCUUAAGAAAGCACACUGGUGAUUGGCUGCAGUACAUGUCAUAAAUCCCGCCUCCUCCAGCAAUCCCCUAUGGAGCUGUGGACAAACUUUAGAAAUGUAUUACACAGAAUAUGAUUUUUUCUCCCCCCUGGUUGUGAUGUUGACAUGUAAUUACUGUAAGACUGGUUUGUGCUCAAGUCCUCUUUUUUCUGUACAGCUCCAUUUUUUAAAAGUUAUUAGGGGGUUCAUGUUUUCUAAGAUUGACAUUUGAUACAGCCUAUGGCGUACAAAGAUUGCAUAGCUCACCCGGGGGAUACACUGUUUAGGCUGAGCAUCAUCACAGCGACUCUUGGCGACUCUCCUGCCGAAUGUGUACAAUACUACCGUGCAAGUGGUGGAGUGCGUACAAGGCUACUGCACAAUGUUGGUUUCAGGAAAUGGAGAACAAAACAAGGAAUUACUGAGAGCUUUUCGGCUUCAAAUCCGUAUACUGGCGGAAGGCAGAACCGAGUUGUCCAUAGUAUACAGUCUAUGUAAUGACCUGCAGAAAUAUAAAAUAAGAGAAGGCCAUUAUUGACUGAAUGAACAUCAAGCUGUAUCAAGGGGGAGACUCUAAACUAUAGACUAAAACCAUGAAUUUCCCCACUAUGGGAUGGAUGAAGAUUUAAUUUAAAGCAGCCAGUCCAGGUGUAACCCCGCCUCUCACCCACUGGCUGCUGGGAUAAACUCCAAUUUCCACAACACUGAACAGAGCCAGAGGAAUAAUGGAUAAAUUGAUUUUUAGAUUGAGUUAUUGUUGAAGAAAGCAUCCUUUCUUGGUCAUACUUGUUCACAAACCAGUAUAUGAACUGGUUAUACUGUUGUUUGUUCUCCCAGCAGGUGAACCAGGACCUGUACAGAAAUGGGGAGGAGGACAGUGUGUGCAGCAGCAGCAGUGUAAACAGUUUGAACAUGGAGGACAUGUCUCUGUGUCUGGCUGCCACACAGAAGCUAAUGGAGUACAUCAAGUUUAACUUCAUGGAGGGGGACGUCACUCCAUGUCCCAGCCCGUCCUCUUACAGGGAGGGGUUGGACGUGGAGAUCCAGGCUGUCUCCAUGAGUAAAGAGGAGGACGACUCUGCAGAGUUUGGCCUCAGCUUUGGGAACAUCCCCAUCUUCGGAGACCCUGAUGGGAGAAAGAAGGGGGGUCCUAGGAGGAGGAGGGAUCAGGGUCCCAUCAUGGAUGUGGGAUGUAUCUGGGUGACAGAGGUGAGGAAGAAGAGUCCUGCUGCGCGCUAUGGGGGCAUCAAACUGAGAGACGAGCUGCUGUCUCUGAAUGGACAGCUGAUGGUUGGAGUGGACGUCAGCGGAGCCAGGUAAAACUGAUAUCUACAACAAAUGACUCCAUUUAUGAUAUGUGUUAUAUGUUUUUAUCAGAAUAAAUAUUCAUCAAUACUCUCAGUUUGAGUAUUAUUCCGAUAGUUAGAGGCCUUAAAAAGCAGAUUUUUAGGUGCUGAUGGCCUACCAGUCUAAGCGCCCUGAAUAGAGAAGCUGAGGUCUUUGUCACAGUGGUUGCUGGUUUUGUUUUCAUGUCUUUCCCCACUCUGGAUUCCCACUGUUUCCUGCCUUUCCUUGGCUGGCCUGUCUUACAAAGGCAAAAAUGCGCCACAACAUGCUGUAGAAUCGCAGCUCAUUUCGUAUUCUGCAAAAUAUAUUUGAUGACAUGAAAAAGUCUGUUUUGCGCGCAGUACUGCCAGGGGAGCCUUAAGAUCAUGUCUAUCCAGUAUUGGUUUCUCCAGAUUCUCUAAAUCCUUUAAUAAUAUAGAUGACUGUAAAUGACCAAAUCCAUAAAUUCUUGACAACUAAUUAAUCUGAAAUCUAAAAAGAUUGAACUAUUUGUUGUUCUGAUUUUGUUUAAAUGAAUUGCAAACACUCAAAAUCUUUUUUCAUCAACAUUUUACACAACAACACAACUUUUCUGGGAUUGCUGUUGUGGUUAAAAACUAUGACUUCAACCAUUAAAAAAGUAGUCAGCUGAAUAUUUUGAUAUUCAGCUGCUUAACAGUUCAUCUAAGAAACCUCAGAUAAACAUGAGUCACAUGAGACUCAUAAAAGCCGAUAGAGGAGUGUCAUGUGCGGGGGAGGAUCUAGACUUUAUUGAAAAGCCUAACUUGGGUCCUUGUGAAAAUCACCAGUUAAAGAAGAGAGUAGUUAUUGUUGUGUGCAAAAGAAUUUGUAUUGAAAGAUGUUUUCAAUGGCAAAACCUCGGUAAGGAGCAUGGAUUAGGGUGACCAAGAAGUCAAGUCAACAUUUGUAAUAUCAUCAAUAUGUGGGUCAUUCAGUUAAAUUGGAAAAAGCGAUGAUAAAACCCUGUGAAAGAAAACAACAAUUAAAGAAAGUGUGACAAUAACAUGAUCUGCCACAAGCUAAACCUGAGCAGGAAGAGCACUGAAAACAGUCAAAACACGCUAACUAAAGAUCUGUAAAUUUAAGGGCAACUGGUGCGACCCAGCUAUGAAUGUUGAGCUCUAAUGAAGCGUACCAGUUCAUGUGUUUUUAAACAACUCAACAUGUAGUCCCUGUAAACAUGACUUCCCACCUUACCGCCAUCAGGAGUUUUCCACUUAAAGACAGACAGAUUCAGGGAAAGUGCUAAUAUGAGGACCAUCAAAACUUCACAGUGGUUCAUUAUCCAUUGUUCCUCCACCAGUGGAGCUGUAUUGUUGGAUUUUGUUGACUGACUUUUGUUUUCCGUAAUCACACCAUAUUCCUGUUGGUGCUUGUCUACAGUUACCUGACUGAUCAGUGCUGGAACGGAGGCUGUAUCUACCUGAUCAUGCUGCGGCGAGUCAAGAAAAAAGCUCCUCCCCCUCCCUGUGAAGUCAACGGCAUAUUCAGUGCUUCUGUGACCGGAGACGGCUCUGACAACCAUCAGCAGGAGGGGGGUGAAUCUUGCGAGCCCUCUGACCGCUCAGGAAACUGCAAACGCACACGCAAGUUCGGGGUCAUCUCACGCUCGUCCUUCACCCGAGACAACAGAGACAGCUCCGACCCUGAGUCCCAGAGCUGCUACAACUUUAGUUCUUCCAUCGGCACAGGGGAACACUCCUCACACACGCCUACAGAGGAAAUCACACUCACCUGUCCUCAGGUGAGGCCUGCUGUCCAGAGGAUGCACAGUGGAGGCUCGGCCACGCUGCCCACACGGAGCCACAGUCAGCUGUUGGAGAGCAAGAUGGAUUCAGUCAGCAGUGAACCUUCUAACCAGGUGAGACUUAGCAUGGCACACGCAGGUACAGGGCACAGGUGGAUCCAUGACACACAGUAUAAUGGACAAAAACAUUCAGGCACAGACAGGCCUAUAAAGUUGGCGGACUUGAGUUUCAUUUUGAAGACGCGGUGUCGCAACUCUUUGGUGGAUCUCUUUGCUUUACUGAAGUCAAAUUAAUUGAUAAUACAGACACCAUUGUUCUUUUUCAGUAGGUUAAUUUAAAGACCUUUAAUGACCCUGAAUUUUUGACUCUUUGUCCUCACACAAGCUCCAUCCUCUUAUGUUUUCUUUGUCUCGCGUUUUCUGCUGAACUUUGGGACAAAGUAACACACUCAAGAAGAGUUUUCUAGACUUUGGGAAAGUUGAUCAGCCUUUAAAGGGAUAUUACGGAGUAAAGUUAAUCUCGAGUCAUCACACCGUAACACCGAGUUAGACACCCAACUUAGACAAGCCAACUGCUUUCUUCUCUAGUUAUACCAUCUUUAGUAAUGACCACACGAUAGCAAUACACAGCAGUCUGAGGAGCCAUAAACAAACCUCAACCAAAACGCCCCUCUAUAGCCACAAAUAAUACUCAGAACAGCACCUAACCUCAGAGACCUCAGGCCAGUCCAUUACGGACUGCUGCAGGGUGACACAGCUCAAGGAAGAACAUUCGUGAUCAUUACUUUAUCAUUUCUUUGAAGUAAUAAUCACCAUAUUAAUCAAUUUGCACUGCAGGCGUGGUAGUUCUUCUGCCUUAGCGUCUCGGUCUGAUUGCAUUUCCAUGAAGAAAUGAUCAUAAAUGUUCUUCCUUGAGCUGCGUCACCCCACUGUAGUCCGUAAUGGACUGUCCUGAAGUCUCACUACAAACAAGCGGCUGCGGAAGAGAGUAGGUGAGUUGUGUUUAGUCUCUUUGCUAAAGAAAUCAGGCAAGGCUAGAAUGAUGUUUUCUGGCUAGUACUAUGGCUGUGACCCUAUAUGUACUGUUGAUGAAGUUAGGUGCUGUUCUGAGCAUUAUUUGUGGCUAUAGAGUGGCUUUUUGGUUGAGCGUGUGGUUCUGUGUAUUGCUAUCUGUGGUCGUUACUAAAGUUGGUAUAAGUAGAGAAGCAAGCAGUCUGCAACAUUUAUCUCUCAAUGGGGUGUCUAACACGGUGUUAUGGUGUGUUUGACCCUAACUUAAUUUUACACCAGAAUAUCCCUUUAAGAAGAGUUUUCUAGACUUUGGGAAAGUUGAUUCACCUUUAAAUCUCUGUUAUUUAAAAUAGUUGCAUUAACUGUAGUGAGAGAUUUCCCUCUGGGGAUUGAAAUGUGUGCCAUAUUGUGGAAAAGAAAAGACCUCCUCUUUGGACCUACUUGACUGUUGCAUUAAAGCUGGUUGGCCUUGUAAUCCAGCCAUCCAAUCAGAGCAGGGGAUGAGCAGAUAUGUGUGCAGAUGUGUGAGAGGACAAACGGGAUCACCGCCUUGCAACAACUGGUGACAGGAACCAGAGCGAGCGAGUGCUGGGCUGAGGUUUAACAUGUGGGUCAGAGGAUUGAGACAGACAGCUGGUGAAUCAACUCCACACACAGACUGUAGAAGAAGAAUCAGCGUGUUCAUGUCCCACAUGAGGACGACCUCUCUUCCAUAAAUCCUUCCAGGUCCACAAGGCUUCAAAAUGGCUGAUAAAGCUGCUGAUGAGGGGGUGGAGGGGUUAAAGCCCCUAGAGGGGGGUAUGUAGAUGUGGUGGGGUGAAUCUGCGUAUGUGGGUGUACAGUAAAAAGCGUUAAAGAGCUAUAUAAUGUGGAUUAAGAUCAGAGUGUGUGAUUGUUGAUAAAUGCACUUUAACCAAUCGCAUCACUGCCCUCAAAGCUUUGAAACGGCCCAGCCAAUCACAGUAAAGCAUGGCAACAACAGCUGAACAAAAAGAGGCUUAUUCAGAAAACCAUGUUCUUACUGUUCGGACAAGUCAGAGUCGCUGUAGCACAUUUUAUACACAAUGAAAUCUGAAGCUGGUAAAAAGGAAUUUAAAUGAGGUUUUAAAAAAGAAGAGUGAGUUUGUUUCUUUUUCUGUUUUAGCUUUGUGUUUUUAUUUUUAAAAAAUUACCAUAAGGAACAUGAAAAUAAACAGAACUAUUAAAAAAUCAAUGUAAAGUAGAAAUGACCAAAAAAUAUACAGAAAAAGUACUUUGUUUUUUUGUAUUUAAAGUAUGUUUAACCUGGAAAAUUUAAUCAUGAUUAACCUUCUGGUUAAGUUCAGCAGCAUGUUUCAACAAACGUACAACACAUAAAUGCAAACAAGUCAUUAGUCAAAGUAGUCAAAGCGUCUACAGCAGCAUGCAUCCUCUUUCAACACCUUCAAUCUUCUGAACACUGAAGGGACCAUCUACCACUGAUCCUAAUCCUGAUGCUGCAGGAGCAGAGGACCUACUCUCACAGCAGAUCAAAUUAUUUUUUCUAAUCCAAGCAUUUGCUAGUAAAAAGAUUUCUUUAUGUUUAAGAUCUCUGAAAUUUGCUGCCAUUUACUUGAUUUCUUUCAAACCCCUCCUCAAAUCCAUGGGACUAUAAAUGUCAGACUGUUAUCACUUCUUCCAGGAAACUCUAGCUGUCUAAAAUGAACCCUUACCUCUUAAGUUGAGUCUCUCUUCUCCUCAACGGGUACUAUUAAAUAGUUUUUCUCUGAAUUUUCUUUUAGUCCGCCACAAUACUACCUAAAAAGGGAUGCCCCUCAAGUUUAUUCAGAUUGUUAAUCAUGGCAUAAUCAAUAAAAGAAGAUGUAUAAUAAUGCUGUUUGAUCAUUUUUGUUUUUGUUUUUUUUACCACUCUUAGUUCCAUCUUUUCCAGAGAGCAUGACAGAGCAGUUUAGUGAGGGAAAAAAGCUUAAUGUGACUUUUUGAACUAUACCAAUAUAUAUAUAUAUGUUUUUAAUUCAUUUAAAUUAUAUUAAAGAGUUUGUAACUGAAGCCUGUGUGACAUGCAGUCUGACAAGUGUUUGUUUCUACAGCCCAGAGAGGGCAGCCACAUCUGGAAGAUGCACCUGGUGAAGGGUCAGGAGGGACUGGGCAUCCAGAUCACAGGGGGGCGGGGCUCCAAGCGCUCACCACACGGUAUCAUUAUUGCUCGGGUGGAGGAGGGGGGCGCUAUACACAGGUAAGGCUUGGUUGAAUGUUUCUUAGAAGUGGAGUUUGUGACGAUAUUUUAACACUUUAAACACAAAAAACUGAGGGUCUAAACGUGUCUUUGUGUGCGCUGUGUUUCAGGGACGGCCGUCUUCGUGCCGGUGACGAGCUGCUGAUGAUUAACGGUCAGUCUUUAGUUGGUCUCACUCAUCAGGAGGCUGUCGCCAUCCUUCGCUCCACUACAGGACUGGUACAGCUGGUGGUGGCCACCAGGGUGAGAAAACAAAAAACUCACAAAAACAUACACUUUAAUGAAAACAGUGACUCUCACUUUUACACUUAAAUGUACAGGUGUAAAGUCAGAAAAGAAGACCUAAUUAAAGUAAUAGAAACAGACUGUAUUCUGUAAGUCGAUCAAAGUGGGCAUUUGUUUUUUACUUUACUUUUGUGUUUUUUUACGGGGCAUAGCUACAAGAGAGCAUCGAAACAUCAGCGUGUUUCCCAAACCCCAGACCACUCUCUGUCAGGCUCAGUGCCCUCUGUGUAUCUAUGAGUCGAAGAGUCAGUUGAAGCUAAAUUUGACAUAAGAGAUAAAACAGACUUAUUUAUGCCCAGCUGGUGCACCAGGUCUAUCAGUUAAUCCUCCAACAAUGAAACAGGCUGUGAAGGCUGCAAAAACAUGUGCGCCGUGAUGAAGUAUGAGGUGUUAUGAAGCAAAGCAAACAAGGUGAAAAUGUGAAGGUGAUGCCUGGAAUAAGAAAGUGCCAGAACAACACAGGAGUUGACUCAUAUGCCCUGAGAGCACCUAGCCUGCUGCUUUGAGUCUGUCUGAGUGACGUAAAAAUUCCUGUUAUCUCUGAAGCCGGCUGUCUUCAAAAAGAGAGAUGGGACAGCUGUCCAUGGUUAGAGAAAAAAACAUGUUUUAAAACUUUGACUUUCUCCUCUGCUUACUGGAUACUCAAUUUUGAAAUAGCUACUUGUAAAUAAACUCAUAUUUCACUCUCUACAGGAGGAAUCUGAUGUGGGGUUUGAGCGUUUCCCCUCUACCAGUCUGCCCGACUUGGUGAGCACCUGCAGUUACCUGUCCUCCCUCUCUCUGAUGGCCCACUCUCACUCACCUCAGGACUCAGACUGCAGCCCCAGUCCUCACAAACCCUACUUGGUACACAAACAUUGUAUUUACUGCAUGUUUACAUGUCUGUUUGCUGGAAUAACUUUGCUCCUGUUUGUGGAAGAGCCUGUUUCCCUCAGCAGCAUGGGCAGGAAACACUGUGGCAGCAAAACAGGGAAUAUUUUCAGCCCCUGCUGGAUGUGUAAUCUCCUCGAGAGUGCUCAAACACAUCUAGAUUAACUCUAGAUAGAAGUGAAAGAAUCACACACCUGGACUCUCUCAACUGACUCCUGUCAGUACACAAGAUUCUUUCAAAGUCUCGAGGAGGAGGGGAAUUGAUUUUAGGAAAUUUCCAGGUCUGAAUGUAGACAAAAGGAAUGACAGAUGAUAUAAAUAUGUUUUUCUUCUUGCUGGUUGUCAUCCAAAUUCUUUAUACUGGCAGAACAGAUAAGCAUUUUGUCUUUGUCUCCAUUGAGUCAAUAGUCCAAAUGAAAAACAGAAACUGUCCUUUUUAUCCCUGUACAGUCGACUAAUGCGGAGAAACUAGAGGAACAAAGUCAGGGGCCGGCACCCAAAGGAUCCUGCAGCUCCACACCCACCAAACACGUCAGCCGAGCACAGGGUUUGUACACUUCUGAAAACUGUUAAAAGAAAUGUUUUUCUUUAAAAACAGUUAUUAUCAAUUCCUGGCCUGCAGCUUAAUCAGUUUACACAGAUUUGUCUUUAUAUUUUUGCCCUUUUUUUUAGUCUGCUCUGUUCUGUCGUCCCGAGCAUGACAGCUUUUUAUGUCAAUGUUUCCUGGAUCAGUUAUUUACUUGACGUUAAACAGACAAAGUGACACUAAAAUAACCUGCUCUUUAAAGAGAAAUAAAACUGUACUUUCAACAUUUUCAGGGGGUAGCAGUCGUUUGGAGUCGGUGGGCGAAGACGACGAGUUGUUUGUGGAGAACGGUGUGAGCAGCUGUGAAGUUGCUGAAAAGCCUCCGCCUGGCCGACGGAAACACUCCCUACCUCAACAGCUCGACACAGGAGGAGUGAGACAGGUCAGUGAAUGCAUCAUCCUCAUGUUUUAUAUCAUAUUACAUCCUGGAUUUAUGUUCUGUAACAGGAAUAUAACUAAAACUGCAAAACACAAAGUAAAAAACAUAAAAGUGUGACACAACAGACCUCAUAAAAAGUCUGAUAGAAAAAGCCAGACAGACCAGUGUUGAAAAAUGAAAAUGUUAGAGAAUGAAGUUGCUGUUAUUGGUUUUAAAGCAGAUUACAUUGUGAAAUAGAUCUGACCUCAAAGUGUAAAAAAAGAAAAAAAAACAACUCUCUAAUAAUCUGAAAUAAUUAGUCACAUGUGCUUGCCAUGUGCUACAAGAGUGUAAUGUGUGAAUCACAAACAUAGGUGUGCAUAAGUUGUUCAAUCGAGAUAGAAAGCAGCUCAUUGUGUGGCUGGCAUUUUAAGUAGCAAUACACAAUACAUUUACGCACGCACGUCCAAUAAUAGCGAGCUAUAUGACAAACAUGAAUGACAGAGUUGGUGGUGGAGCUGUUUCACUGAUUCACACUCACACACAGGAUCAAAGCCUUCAUGACCACAGAGUGAAGGAGAGCUGAUCGGAUGUCUGCUGAGUUAAUGAAAGAAAUGCAAACAAAAGAGACGAGGAUGACAUUUAUAACCACAUCCUCUUAAGGCUUCAGCCUCAUUUACAUACGGACCAAUAUUACCCAGAGACCCUAUAUAUAGACUCAGCCCAUGUCUGUGUUUCCUGUGAUGCACAUCCAAAGCAAUAUGAAGUGUGAAUUUCACUCAAAUCAACUCCGUAGAUGAUCCUGAAGUUCUGACAACAGCUGAAAGGUUUUCAGGUUAGAUUUAGCGUGUAGGACUUUUAGGGUAGAGAGAAAUAAAAUAAUACAUUUGGAAACCACCAAAGUAAAGACAGAGAUGACUAUAAAGAACUGCAGCUGUGUCAGAAAUAAGGGGCCUGUUUAUACAGCGAUGGUCUGCUCUUUGGAGGAUUUUAUAAUAGUACACGAAGUCAUUGUGUUCAUACCAACAAGAUGUGCAAAUUCCAGUGUUUUAAGCCUUUUUUGUAUCAAUCCACUGUCCAAACAUCACAGAUUUCUUUACAAGAUGCAAUGAAGAGGCCUACACAUUUUCAAUGGAAUCAUCCUCAUCCACACAAGGCCUGAGUAGAAUUGUUAGUUGUCAAUGUGGAAUUUGGCUAGAGUUUCAGAUUUUUCAAGAAAAUGUGAGUUUAAGGGUUUACAGUUAUGUAAGAGGGCGCAUUGAUGAAUUACAAAAACUAAAAUUUCAUAAUUUGUUGUUUUAAAAAGCGAAGUGUAGAAUUCGAGCACAGCAACAUGAUAGAAGGCCUUUGGGGUGCUUGGAUUGGUGUAAUUGGCCCUGGGGUGAUGGGUUUGGGGUGCUGAACUCUAGAAUGCUAAGGUUCUAAAAUGCUGAACUGCUGAGUUCUGGGAUGCUGGAUUUUGAAGCAGUAGUUUUUAAAAGUUGGAUUUGGAGGUAAGGCUCAGAAGUACUGAGUUCUAGAAUUCUGGGUUCUGGUAUGCCAGGUUCUUGAAUGCUAUGGUCUGAAAUUCUUGGUUCUAGAACUCAGUUCUGGUAUCCUGAGUUCUAGAAUGCUAUUGGCUUUAGAACUCUUGGUUCUGGUAUGUUGAGUUCUAGAAUGCAAGGUUCUAGAGUGCUGGGUUCUUAAAUGCUAAGUCCUAGAAUGCUGAGUUCAGGAAUUGUUGGUUCUGGAUUGCACGCCCUUUAGAAUCCUUGGCUCUUGAGGUACUAGGUUCAGUUGUACUGGGUUCUAGAUGCCAGGUUACAGAAUUCUAAGUUUAGGGAAGCUGGGUUCUGGAGUCCCUUAAAGAGACAGUAGCUUAAAUGAGUUGUUUCAGAUAGAGGCUGAAAUGAAGGUUUUUAAAGACACCAGUCUGUGAAAUGAAGAAAUGUAUGAGCUAUAAAUCUUGUGGAGAAACCACAGAGCUAUCAAAAGGACGAUCGAAAGCCUAAAAAUGAAGAGGUAGUUUUUAGGCCCAUUUCUUUUUAACAUUUAAAAGGUGCCUAUUGCUCUGAGGGUACAGUCCUUGUGUCAUUGGUUGUAGGAUUUUGACUAGAUUUGCUGCAUAUCGUUCCCCUCUUUCUCUCUUACCAAAGUAAGGCAGCAACGUCAGGGAGGUUUAUCCUCUUUUUGAUACAUUACCAUCAUCAUCAUCAAUUUAUCAUCCUCUAUCCUAAAAAGGGGAAAAGAAUGAAUACUCACAAUAUAGUUGACCUCAAACAAAAAGGACAAACUAUCUCUUCCUAGUAAAGUGCCGCUUCACUGUGUUCAAAACAUGCAUUUGAUUGUUUUUGAAUAUUAGAUCACAUCUCUUUUAGGAAUAUCAGAUCAUCAAGAAAUCGGCUCGCUCCCUGAGCACUGUUCAAGUGGAGUCUCCAUGGCGACUAGCUCAGCCAUCCAUUAUCUCCAGCAUCGUCCUGAUGAAAGGCCAGGGCAAGGUGAGAGCUCCUCUUUGACAUGAACUCAUGAAUAAAGUGGAGAGGUUGUCUUUAUCAUGUGUGUGUGUGCGUGCACGUUCACAGAUGUGUGUUGUUUUAAUGUGCUCCUCUAUGAUAAAUUAACUCUACCUGUUUCUGCUCUUUAAUCACAUUUUUAAAAAAGGCUUUCUUUCCCAGAUGCAUUCACGUUGCAUCUGAUACAUUGUCAUCAUAUUGUCAAAAACAUGUUCAGACAGAAAUGCAUCAAUUACAAUUUUUCCUGUUAGUUUUUGCAGGAGGUAAAAAAGUUAUUUUACAGACUCUUGUUUCCUGCAACACGACUAGUGCUAGCACUGAGGAGAAAAAAUAAUACAUUGCAAAUCAUCUAAAUUGUUUAUUUAAUUAAAACUAGUGCAAAGACAGUUUAUCAAAUUACAUCGACAUAAUAUUCAAACUGGAAUUGAAAGUGUGUAAAUACUGCUCCUUCUUCUCCUUUGUGACACUUGCUGAUGUUUGACUCCGUCAGGGCCUUGGAUUCAGUAUCGUUGGGGGUCAGGACUCAGCUCGGGGUCAGAUGGGGAUUUUUGUAAAAACCAUUUUCCCCCAUGGAGCAGCUGCCGCUGACGGGAGACUUAAAGAAGGUGAACAUUCACUUAGAUUUACUAAUAAAGAUGGUUAACACAAUCUGACAAAAGCAAUAGUUCUCAAUGUGAAUAUUUUCUUCUCCUUCAGGAGAUGAGAUCCUGGAGGUAAACGGAGAGUCGCUACAAGGACUGACACACCAACAGGCCAUCCAGACCUUCAAGGUAGACCUCAUGUUCACUAAUGCAAACUCUAAAGUCAGACCAGAGAAGCAGCAAAAUUUACACUAUUGAAAAGAAAUGUCUUCGUUUUUUCUCCAUGAGUCCUAUUUGACAGAUUUUCUGGUAAUGCCUUACUGUUGUGAUGUAAAUUUGCCUGAUCUUUUUACCUGAUUGAAUUCACAUAGAAAAUAUGAAAGCACAUGCUAAUAUUUCAUCAUCCCCCCAAUCGUUGAACUCGACUCUUGUUCCUCAAACAGCAGCUGAAGAAAGGAGUGGUGACUUUGACGAUACGGACUCGUCUGCGCAGUCCCAGUCUGACCCCGUGUCCCACACCUACCCUCCUCAGCCGCUCGGGCUCUCCCAAUUCCAACACAAGCGGGGGUACACCUAUUCCUGCAGGGUUUGAAGACACUGAGGGCCGCAAAGGUCCUGGACUCGGCCCCAAAGACUGCAUCAUCAUGGAGGUCACGCUCAAUAAAGGUGCCUGACAAACAACAUUGAGAUGCAGUCCAGGAACUGCUUCUCGUUCCUGCCUCUUUGUACAUGUCCUGCUGGUAGAAAUAGAUGGAAUCCGGAUCUUAGCCUUUAUUUCAAACAUUGUUGUAGAGAAUACAUAGCAAGAAAGAAAACACACAAACACACAUGCACACACACAGCUAAUCCCACAUUACUCUUUCGUAACAGCUAACACGGUCUCUGAAAAGACUUCUUUUCUGGCACUGACUGUGGAUUUUUUCAGAGCCUGGAGUUGGUCUGGGGAUUGGGGUUUGCUGUCUGACUCUGGAGAACUCUGCUCCGGGGAUUUACAUCCACAGUCUGGCUCUGGGAUCUGUGGCCAAGAUGGAUGGCAGACUAAGGUAAAAACUACAGGGACGUCUUGGAAUCGGAUUCUGAUGGACACAACUGAAGUCAAGCAUUUAUUCAGACAAAGUCCUGUGGAAGUUUAUGUUGCCAGACACCAAAAAGUUCAAUUUUUUUCUCCGUAGACCACAAAAGUUGCAGGUGUAUUUCUGAUUUGAAUGAUUUUUUUGUGCUUUUUCAAAUUACCAAGCUGGAUCUGAAGUAGCAAUGAAAAAAGGGCCAAAAUGACACGUCACAAAAAUCUGCUAAACAAAUGUGUGGCUGCAGUGCAUCUACCCAAACCUCUGAAAACACUGGUGUUGACAGCUGUGUUUUCUGUGCAGUCGUGGAGAUCAGAUCCUCGAGGUGGACUCGGUCAGCCUUCGUCACGCCGCACUCAGCGAGGCCUACGCCAUCCUCAGCGAGUGUGGACCUGGACCUGUGAGUCUCAUUAUCAGCAGGCACCCCAACCCAAAGGUAACAAACAGCAUGUCAAAAAAGAUUUUAAACUUUUUUAAAUAUUGAAUUUCAACUUUUACAUUUUGUUUACCUCAAAAUUGAAUCUCAACUAAUUUCUUGACAUUUUGAUGUAACGCUAGAUAUUUCCAGUUUUGUUUCUCAGGGUACAUAAUGAAGAAAAUUAAUUCUCAGUCUUCAGUGUAUUUUAUUCUACCCUGGAUUUCGAACCUUUUGCGUAUUAGGUCAACACAACACAGCCUGAUACUGAAAAAGACUGUUUCACACAACAGCAGAUAGACUGAAAUUCAUAUUGAUGCCCCUUUCUGAUAUGAAAAGCAAACAAGACCAUCUUCUUUGUUUGCUUUUUCUUACAAAUGACUUUGUACUCUUUUUAUCAUGGUCUUUCUUUUUUAUUGUAUCUUCAUGUGGUGAAUAUAUUCAGGGAUGUUUUCAUUUUUAUGACAACUACCUUGAGGUUUGAUAAUUAAUCUGAAAUGUCCAUUUUCUCAUGUUUUUCUUUGGUCCAUCUUUUUUGUUUGUUUGUUCAUGUGAUGGCGUGUUGUCAGUGAUUGAACUCCUAAAUGUUUGUCUGUGUCCUCAGGUAUCAGAACAGGAAAUGGAUCAGAUCAUCGCUCGAUCUACACUCAGGGACAAAAUGAGCAAAAACAGACUCUCCUCUCACUCUCAAGGUCAUGCAUCUUUACCUUCCAGCCUUUACCUUUAAAAUUUAUCUGUAUUGGAGAUUUCACUUAAGUCCAUGCGACAGUAUUACAUGUAACUGAUGUUGAGCUUGUUUUAAAAAUAAUAACCUGCAGGUGUGUCCUGUAAGAGUCCAGGCCCAACAGCGAAGGAGCGUCAGGGAGACGGCUCACCUGCUCUCAGCUGGACCAUGAAGAGGUUCCUGGAACCGGCCAGUAGAGUAAGAGUUCAAACUAUAUUUAUCAUUUAUUGAUAUUUCAUCAUUCACUCUGUGUGGUCUUUUUAUCUGCAACAGAUGGAGAGUAAUCAAAAUAACCUGUAAGAUGAGGUUGUUUGUGUUCAAAGCCUCUAGAGACAUUCGACUAGAAAUAAAUGUACACAACUUGAUUUAGAAAGCUACUUUAGAUAUGUGCUUCUCCCUCUAUUUCCCCUUUCCUCCAGCAGGGGUCGCUGAGCUCAGAGACUGAGUUGUCUCAGUACUUUCCUCAGGAUGUUUCCAAUAAUUCCUUCCUCUCUGAGUCCACACUGGGUGGCUCCACCAGCGAUGAAGCGCUCCAUCAGCAGAGUUGCAGCAUCUCUAUGGAUGAAAGCUCAUCGCAGACUCAUGGUAAACAUUUACCUUAUUCACACAUCGCAGAACAGUUCAAAACAAAGGGGUCUCAUACACUAAACAGUGAGUAGAAUCCAUACUAAGAUGUGCAGCGAUGGCCUCCCUAAAAAAACAUCCAGAUUUACAAAAUCAUCCAUGCACAUUUGAUAUUGUUCCUUUUAUAAGUAACAGUGCACCUGGAAAUCUGCACACAUGGAUCAAUCUUAUUUUCAAGUGUUUCACAGUCAUAAGAAAAUCUAAUAAAAUCUUGUGACUUUAGUUUUCAUGUAAAAGACAUCCAAAUACUCUCUGACUUCAAUUCACCCUCUUACCACCCGUACUGCCAACUCCCUCGCCUCUAAGACAGACCAUCAAAUUUAUUUUAACAAGAAUGCAAACCUGAUGUGAAAAGAAGCGUACAACACUUUGGGCCCUGUUUCUUUUAUACACGAUGUCCAUAAACAAGGUCUGUGCUCACUAAGCAGGGAGAAAAUUCCACUUUAAAUCCAGAUUUAAGGAAAAUGUUGCAACUCCUGGAUAAAUCAGUGCAGCAUCACUUCCUGAAGAUCCCACUGAGUAAUAGACAGCUAUUAGACAUCUAGUUUUUUUUAGACCUAAUUUCAACCGUCUAGAUUCUGUACGUUUUAAGACGGAAUUUAGACGUUGCACUUUAACCCAUUAUUCAAUAGCUUUUUAUUUCAAAAAGCAACUGUGUGUUGCAUAACUUAUCUCCAGGUACUUAACCAAAAAUAAUUGCCAUUGAGAAAUAUACAGUGUAGUAUAGAUAUAGCCCAGAUUUAGACUUGGUCUAACAUUCAUUUUUAGACCUGUGGUAGCCUGAUUUUAGACCAGCUGUCUAGGCUACAUUUAGACGUCUAUCAGACCUCUUUUAGAGCAAAAAAUGCUCAGUGGGAUGGUUUGAGUAACUCCAGGAUUGUCCUCCAAAAAACUUCAAUCAUACUUAACUCAAACUUGCGUGUAAGGAACAAUGAUUAAAAAAAAGCUGCAAGUGCAACAUCGACAUUAAAGUUGGAAAUGUCUUGAAGUACGAUCUUAAAGAUGGACUUGUCAGGUGAACGUGGUCUAGACUUAUCCUUAUUAUUUCUGCUUUAUGAAUCUAUAAAUUGCCUCCAUCUCAUUCCCAGCUUUUACCUCGUCUCUGACACAAGGGGAGGAGGACCCCGCUUACAACACUCCACAAGACAAGAGCACUGCCCCCUCUCAUGAUCAUCAGCCUGCAGAGACAGUUUGUCCACCCAUAGCCGUCUCCAGUCCCACCUCAGUGCGGAGCCCUCUUCUCAGACAGCGGCGAGUGAUGUACUUCGAGGAUCAGCUCAGUGAUGAAGAAGACUCUGAGAGCACAGGAAUCUUCCACAGAGCAGCCAAGUCUGACUCUGUUGAACUCAGUGACGCCGCAGAAUCUCGCGUUUCAAAAUCUGACUUGGCCAUCAUAUCUGCUACGUCUUCACUAAAUGUAGACGGCGACAGUGAGGAUGGUGGAGAUUUGCAGAGGUGUGAAAGCAACGACUCGACGGCUGUGUUUCGUGGUAGUUUCUCACAGUGUGAGGAAAGUCCACCUGGACCAGCACCCGAGUCCCCCUUCAUGCCAAUCCGCUGCCCCUCUGAGCUGAAAGGAGGGCAACCAGGCAGCGUGUCACCCAGUAAUCUGUCAAUCAACACUGACAGCUACGCAAACAAAGAUGAUGGACAGCUGGAGUCCAAACGCUCUCCUAAACUCGAGCACAAAGCAGUGACACGGGUCAAAAGCAUGAUGAGCAUUGAGGCACCAAACCUGACCCAGCAGCUGAAGUCCAAAGCAGAUGAUCCCCCUCCGGGUUCGACCACAUCCCAGAACUCAGCCCAGGCUUCACAGGGUGGGAGGAGCACCAGAUCUGCUGCUGGGCUGAUACCUCAACAUCACUGUAAGAAGGGAGAGGCCAGUGAGCUUUCAGGUGUUUGUACCAUUGACACUGUGACGCUGUGGAGGAAUGAAGAGGAGUCAUAUGGGCUGGACUUAGAGAUCAUGUCCUCUCCACUGAAGGUUGUCAUCACAGGGUUAAAGCCUGGAGGAGCAGCAGAUAGGGUAUGUAUGAGCUCAAACUAUCAAUCAAUUCUAUUGGUUUUAAUUUGACUAAAGCCAAAUCACUAAUUCAAAUUCAAAUUCAACUUUAUUUUUAUGGCACUUUCCAUACAAAAAAUGCAGUUCAAAGUGCCUCACAGGGGCUAAAAACAACAAUUAACGACAAUAAAACCCGACCCAUGGACCCACACGCACACAAAGACACACACCCAUCCUCACUCACUCACACGUACACACACAAGCGCACACAGUGUGAGAAUUUAAGAUAUAUUGUUUAAGAUUCUUGGGGAUUUUAAUGUUUCAUUUUCUUUUUAUGCUUUGUAAGGCAUUUUGUGUUACAACUUUCUAGGAAAAGUGCCAUAUAAAUGAAAUAAAGUUGAAAGUUGAAGAUACAUGGCCUGACACUGAGACAUUACAUGAAAAGCUACCUCUAGGAAACACUGGAGAUAAAAAUAAAAAUGUUAAAAAGAAAGACUAAAACCUGAUGGACUGAAACAAGAAAAUAAUAUCAAAUGAACAGAUAAGGAAGAGCUUUUUAACCAUAUAAAAAGGGGUAAAAGAAGUAAAAACCUAUGACGGGAAUUAAGAAAAGACUAAGAACAGAGAUAAUUAAUAAAGCCGUUGAUUUACGAGAAUAAUUUCAUUACGUACAAGAAUCAAAUUGUAAUAAAAUCAUAACUUUCGAGAAUAAAGUCGUAAUAAAAUCAUUAUGAUUCUUAUGAUAAUGUGGAGCUGAUGUUCCAAAAGAUUAAGUAUCUUCUUGUUUAAGAAACCUUUAUUGAAGUACGUUAUCACAAAAUGCUCUAUGGCUCUGUUAUCUCAAACUACAGGUUAGAAUAUAAGGACUUUAUUACGACUUUAUUCUCGUUAGUAAUGACUUUAUUCUUGUAAAUUAAUCUCGAAGUCUUUUUUUUUUUCUUAAUGUGGCCCUAACACUCUGUCGUAAAUUAGCAAUAGUUGCAAGGAAAACUCAUUUAGGCUUUACCCUGGUAGUCUAACUCUAUAGCAGACUGAGUCUAUAGCAGUCUAAUCCUGGAGCUGCGUAACUUCAAGAUGGUUGAGCCCUAUGACAGUUUUUAUGGCUUGUUUGAGAUUGGACUGGACAGUGGAUAAAGAAGGAAGCUGGAAGAGAGAGUGGUGAAGAAAAACUGCUGCUGGUUGUAACUGAACCCAAGAGGCUCUUUACCUGCAGGACACAACUAACCACAAGGCCAGACCUGUUCAAGAUUUUGGGCCAGCAAAAGAGCCUUUAGCAACUUAUUCUGGUGUGGACUAUUUUCUGUGCAGUCUCUAAUCUGUCACUAAUUGUCUCUUUAAUUUGCACACGAUUAAGAAACUUAUGAAAUAAUAAUACUUCUCAAAUAUCCUUAUCCAUUCAUCUUAACCUGAAAAGCAGAAAUAUGGCAUUCGUCAGCAUUCCUCUGGGUGUGAUGUCAGAGGCUGCUGUGUGAAUAUAAUAGGUUGUAUUAUUUGCACCCUGCUGAUUUACAGCCACCCUCUUAAUGAGGAAAUGAGCUGCAAGUGGAAAGACGGAUGUCAAAGGUCAGUUAAAGAGAAUGAGGUGAUUACAGGGGGAAACAGACGUGUCUAAAUCUGGAAUUUAAAAAGUCUGAAAACACCACAAUAAAAAAAAAGAGAAACAGUCAAGAGGUCCAAGACAGUGGAAAUGUGCCCGAGGAGAGGAGUGUACUUUGUGGAAGUGUACAAUUUUAAGUCUUACUGAAGAAGUGACCAUGUUAUCAUGGCUCAUUAACAAGUGUCAUUAAUGAGUCACAGUCUCUGAGAGGACACUUUCUGUUUACUGGCAGCUGCAGCUGGGAUUUGUUGACGCUCAUGUUUUCUACAGCUCUCAUUACACUUAAAAUGAUUCAAUCAGUUUGUGUAACUUAAAGCAUGAAAGCAUACUUAAACUGAUUUAUUAGUAUUUGUGCUCGAAGCAGGUGAUCCCCGAUCAUCAUUACUACAGAGCAACGAUGGCAUGGAAUUUAUGACCUAACUUUUAAAUUUCAGACGUUAACAGAAGUUGCUUUAACAAACAAUUAAAGGUGUAUUUGUUUACGUAUGGAGUAACAUGAAUGAAAUUGAGUUCAGCUCUUCUCUCUGAUGGAUUAUGUUUUCUUGUUAUCCCUAAGAUAAGUUCUGUUUUUCUUUUUCGUCUUUUCACUUUUGUUUCUUCAUCAUAUUUAUGUAUUGGUUUAUUUUCAACAAGCAAGAGAGAAUAAAGGUUACUGUAUGAAUGAAGAGUAGAAUGAGUGUUAUGUAAGUGUAGUGUAUGUAAGUACAUGUUUAAGUUUAGAAUGAAGAUAGAAAAGAAGAUCUCCAAGGACCCCAAGAAGAAUAGUUACUGCAUAUCUUGUUGUAACUAAUGGUGAAUCCAAAAUAAAUCAAAUCAAAUCCCCGUCCACCACCUCUCAUAUGUCUCUCUUCUGUUUAAUCCAUCUCACAGGAAUCUGCAGGCCGGUUGUGUCCUGGAGACGAGAUCGUAAAAAUUGGAGAGAAGCUUGUUUGCUCCUCUAGCUACCAGGAGAUCUGCGAGCUCAUGUUGAACCUUCCAACAGUCCUGACCAUGGAGGUGAAGAAACCAGUUUCAGGUAAGAGUCUAAUUCAUAUCCUCUGUUCUUGGUUCUAUAGUGAAUACCUCUCAAUGUGUUGUCUCUAGGGAGCGCUUGAACCUAAAAGGAAGUUUUCUACUUGGACAUUAUUGUGCAAAAUUUGGUUUUGGUUCUAUAAUAUAAAAGAUUUUGAGUGGAGAAAACUUGCUGAAAUUCUGACUGAACUGUCAACUCUCUUCCCAGCUGUAGAUCGGCUGUCCAGUCUGAAAAUGUCAUCAGGAAGCAGCGAUGGAGCCAACAGACAGAGACCUCCCAGAUCUGUCCAGGAGACGUCUGACGAAGAAACAAAAAUGAGUGAAAAUUCAGGAAAUCCUGACCACAGAACUGACACGGAUGAUGACAUCAAAAUUCCCAUCACUAAUAUAGAUGAUAUUUUAUCAGGACUGAGCCCCGGCAGUGAUAAGAAUACGAACACUAAAUUCCCCUUUGAGACGUUGUCUGAUGAGUCUGGAUCUGUUUGUUUGAAUAAACCAUUUGUAAGUCCUCCUGAGACACCACCUACACAGCCAGAACUGCAGGACUGUUGCAUUAUGGGAGAAGAAAAUGCAGAGCGUGACAUCCUCUCUGUGGAGACAGAACAUGUGAACCAGGUUAAAGAGAUAACCCCCGACCCUGGUCCUACAGGUAUGUACAGCACAGGAGCCGACAGUGAAUCAGACAGAGGUCAUCAAGACUCUUCAUCAGAGGAAGAGGAAGUGGAGCUUUGUUCAUAUGAUGUAAAGCAACCUCAGUCAAUCCAGACAACAAACGGGUAUUCACCUUCACACCAAAACAGAAAUCAGAGUUCACACGUGGAUCAGACCUCCUCCUCUGAAGGAAACUCUUUUACAGCACCAAAGGAACCAACCCAGACCUUCAGCCAAACAAUACCCAUGUUCUCAGUAAAUUCCCACAUGGAAAAUGCUGUUGAACCCUGUGAUAAAGCUAAAGCAUGUGUGCUGUCCAAAUGUGGAAGCCUGAGCGUCUACAGGGGACCCUCCCCUCCAGAUCUCCACGACAUUUCUCAGGGUGAACCUGCAAACUCAAAUGCAGAUUCUCCACCAGCAAACCAAACACAAACACUUCAAUCAGAGAUCUCAGGUUCAGGUAUCAACAGAUCUGAUACCAAACUGUCAGCAUCAACAGAGAAGGUUUUGGAGUGUAGAACGAACUCCUUACUAAAGAAAACCCCUGAGCUGAAACUGUUUGAAAAAGCAGACUGUCCUGCUACGAACUCUAAACCUCAGGCUGAAACUCAAGUCAAACCGAACACCCCCAAACUGAAGGGUCUGAGUAUUAAGAACAAGAAGCAUGAACCUACCAGGUGCGAAAGUCCUUUGAACACUCAAUCUUCAGCAAAGUCUCCUCCAUCAGCAACCAUAUCCAGCCUUUCUCGGACCAGCAGCCAGCCUUUAAGUGGCCUUUCUUCACCCAAACUAAGCGACAGAAAGCAAGUUUCAAUUGAGCAUAGACACUCUGAUGGCACAUUACAAACCAUCCAACCAACCAAGGAUAGAGACCUUCAUUUAGACUGUAAAGAAACCGUCAAAUCUCAGGAAGGAUCUCAUCAACCUGCAACUCAGAGGACCUUUAUAGAGGUCCGUCUGUCUCCUUUAUCCAGCACAUCAUCACAGAAUGAAACAUUUCACACGAAAGACUCCAAACUCACUGAACGAGAUCCAACUGCAAACUCCACAGUGGAGAAAACCAACGGCAUGGUUGCUAAUACGGUAUUAAGUACUCUUUGUUUAGCUAAAGACGCUCAUUCGACCUCGAGUAGCAACUCCAAACACAACCCUGCUGUGGAGAUAAGUGAGAACCUGAACUCUGGCACGUCCAGAUUUUACAUCAAGUCAAUAGAAAAGCAAAGGUUCACCACAGACGCUGAAAAAUACAACCCAUUCUCUGUACGGCAUAAGAUCAAGUCCUUUGAGAACCUGGCUCACUUUGACAAACCGGUUUCUAGAAGCUCCGACAUCCAGUCCUACGCUCUGGCAUAUCGAGCCUCUCUGGGUCAAAGGAUCGCUGGUUAUAUGGACUUGGUGAAUUCUGCUGACUGCCAGUCACGGCACAGGAGUUUCAGCCCGUAUAUGGAAAACCUGAUCUCCACCACUCCUCUGCUAGGUAAGUCUCCAUCUACCAUUGCACUGAUAAACCUGGAACUCCCUGAUUCAGGCUGUAAAACAGCCCCACUGUCUGAGGCUGGAGGUCAGAAAGCUUCAGCUGGGACCCCUCAGGUGAUGCGUAGGAGACAUGGUAAACUGGCCCGCAGCAGGCUGAGGCAGCUCCGAGCUCUCAGUAUGCCGGAACUGGAGAAAAUCUGCACAGAAGACUUUACCAGAGGAAAAACUGAGGAGAAAACUGAGCCAGAGAUCCAUGCCACCGUUCUCAACACAUCCUCAGUGACUGAGAGCAACCCAUCCUCAUCACUGACCAGAGUGGAUAUGAGCAGAGUGAACCUGGCUGAUCCUGGAACCACUGAAGAGACAAAUCAAACAGUCUCAGAGACUCAGAAGGCUGGCUGGUCCAUCAGGUGAGGAUUUAAGUAAAAAAAAAAAAAGUUAAAGUUUGAAACACAAGCUGAACUUUUUAUGACUAUCAAAGACAAAUACAUGAGUUUGGCGCCCUCUGUUGUAUAUUGAAUCUGAGUUGUUUGCUUUUGGGUAUCAAGAAAAGACAUCAAUAUAAAUUUCAUUGUAUUUUGUAAACAUCAAAAAAAUCCUCAUAGAUGCUUUAGCAAACAUUCAAGAGACGAGCUGUUCUUUGAUUGGCUGCUGGUAAUGUAAACAUCAUAUCUGUGACAAUAUUUCAGUUAGUUUGGACUUUACGGUCUACUACUUUAGAUGAAUCUUACAUGCUCGUGCUGCAACCAAAACAGAAGUACAACUUAAGUUACAAGUUUCAGUGUAUGGUUUAGUGUGAACUUUACAUCUUCUCUCAGACAGAGCUGGUGCAACAAACUAUGGUGCAACAUUAGAGCUGCCAUGACAUGGUGUCUUUAGGAAAAGGUCAAUCAGUCUUUUGUCAAUUGAACUCAAACAAGCAAAAUCAGAAAGUAUGAAUCAAAAUGCUCCCCAGUUUUUGGUUUGUUUGUAUAUUUUUACUAUUAAAAGUUUAAACAGAUCACACAGUUGAGCAAGAAUAGACCACUUUAUUAUCAACAUAUUGCUGACUUGUGUUUUUUAACCAGUUUUUAUGCACCUUAAGAUAAUAUAUAUCUUAUAACACUGAAGAUUGAUAGUUUAUUUCCAAGAAGGAACCAAUAAAAAAACACCAGAUCUCAUCAGUGUACCUUUAGAUAAAUAAGUGUUUCCUUCUGUGAUAUCGUGUUUUGACUUCCAGGAGCUUUCUCAUUUAAAACAGUAGUAAUGUGAAAAAUUAUGAUAUAAUAAAUCUUUACUGUGACUGCUUCUGUCCCCAGUUUGAAGGAGCUGUCUGCCUCUCCGACAAGUCAACAAAAGCUUCAGACUCUGAAAUCUGACGUUUCAGCCUUGCUGCAAGAGGCCAAGACUCUCUUAGAGGUAACACCACCCAGCUGAUACUUUGAUAAUAAAAUAUACGUGAACAGGUGUUUUUAGAUUUUUCUGUUUCUGUUUGAACAGUUUUAUCACAGUGAGUCUGUCUGAACUCUGCAGGGUGACAGUGAAACUCAUCUUGUUGUCCUGAAUAAAGAAGAAGGGUCAGGACUCGGUUUCAGUAUCGCAGGUGGAGUUGACCUUGAACAGAAGAUGAUUACCGUAAGUACAGUAUAGAGUCAGCCAAAUUUUAAUCCAGGGAGUUUGACAGCUCAGAAUUUGCUCUUUCACAAUGUUUAGCAGCUUAAUAAUAUUUUCUUGUGCAUUGGACAUGAUUGAGAGACUGUAACAAGAUCACAGAUAAUAGAAGAUAAGAUGUUAUAGCGUAUUUUUUCCAACCACUGUGCUUUAACAUUAUGGUUAGGUUCAUCGAGUCUUCACCAAAGGAGCGGCGAGCCUCGAAGGAACGAUCCAGAGAGGAGACACCAUCUUUUCCUUAAACAGCACCUGUCUGGAGGGUAAAACACACGGAGAAGCUGUGUCCUGCCUGCACCAAGCUCGGCUGUCUGAUCAAGCUCUAGUGAUUAUCAAGAGAGUUAGAGACAGUGAACAAAGACAGAACACAGGAGACCAGCCAAAGAGGACAAGCACGAACAGGAAGAGAUCUUCAGGGGCUGGAUCAGGUGGGUCUUAAACUUUGUUUUUUACAAUAGAAAUCAGCACUGUAAGUAGAUGAAAAAACUCAGCUGGAAAUCACAUAUAAAACAUAAUUAUUCAAAAGGUUUGAGAAGCAUGGCCGGGUAUAAUAGCGUACAGGGUAAAAGCUCACUCCAUAUUAACUGGUUUCACUUUAUUUACUGUUCAGAGGUUUUUGGGCAACAACUACAAAAGUACACCUGAGUCACUAUUUAUUUUACAAACGAGAGCAAAAACAGAUUUUAUAUCAGGACUGAAUAAAUCCAUUAUUCUUACGAACAAAAAAAACAAAGCCUUGAGGACUUUAAGACUGAUCAUGUUGAAGCAAAAGAAUACACAGCUAAUUUUUUAAAAAAGUUUACAGAUAGGCCUGGUGUCUAAUAUGAGCUUUUACAAAUUGUGUAUUUAUUUCAUAUUUUAAUGUUUGUAGGAGAGAAAAAAAACGGAUUCUAAUUGUGAGAUAGAGACAGAUAUAUUAUUUUUUUAAUCACUGAGUGUUUCCUUUAUGAUUUAUCUGGUUUUCUUAAGUUUUGUAAAUAAUAACACUCAUUUGGAAUUAUGUUUCUGCAGUAUGUGGGUGUAGAAAUGUAGAGCAAGAUAAACAACAAAUAUUUAAAUCAUAUUUUGUGUGUUUUGUGUAUGUUUUUAUUUGCUUAAUAUUAUACAGUAUCGUACAGAAACAAUGCAUAUAUAAUCCAUGUACUGAUUUUUUUGCUUUUAAAUGUUGUUGUUUUCCUCAGUGGUGGAUGUGGGUCCAGACGGGGCUCUACAGGUGGAGCUUCAUAAAACCUCAGCUGGUCUGGGCUUCAGUCUGGAGGGAGGGAAGUCGUCAAGUCAAGGGGGAGACAGGCCUCUUACCGUCAAACGCAUCUUCACGGGUGACUCUUCAUAAACUGAUUAAAUAAAACGACUAACUUUUGUCUUGUUUGAUCCCUCCAAUACUGUCACUCUUUAGCCUUAGUUUUGAGUUUUCAAACCUGAAUACAGGCUGUAGAGAGAGUUGGAGGAACACAACGAGGAAGUUCAUCUGUAAGUGAGGCUCACUGGCCAUUCUCUUUUUCAACAGGGGGCGCUGCAGAGCUGUCUGGGGUUAUUGAAGUUGGUGAUGAAGUCCUUUCUAUUAACAGCUGUUCUCUGGAGGGUCUCAUGCACCACGAUGCCUGGAGGAUCAUCAAAUCCACUGAUGAAGGACCAAACCAGCUCCUCAUCCGCAAACCCAGGACGUAAAAUAAAACUUUUCAAACAGAGCGUGAACAAUCAGGAGGAACAUGGAGAAGCUAUUUCCCACUUUUUACUCUUUCUCUGGUGGACUGUGAGAAUUUGUCCUGUUUAAUGUGUUUGUACUCUCAAACCGGUCAGAUUGGAUGGACCACUAACUAAUGUGAUGUGCAAUGCUGAAUCAUGAUUUAUUUCAGAUGGGA